UUUCACACGGGUAAAGAGGGGCGCGCGGCUCGUUGCUGCCAGUUUGCUCUCUGGACGCAGCGCAUAAGAGAGAGACGCACACAAGAGAGUGAGGGAUGAGAAAGUAGACGACGGAAAAGGGCACAUUAAGAAAGUUAAUUGUAAUAACCACUAUGGCCGUUCCUGCGACUCUUCCGGUUCACUCUGGGACUUCUGUAGUGUCCGGUAAACUCUUCAGAGCUGACCCGUUCUUCUCGAGUCCCACGGACUCUCCGCGUCUGAUCAACUCGCUGAACGCGACGCUUCCGAGCGGCGUUGCGACAAACGAAUGCAAAAUCGUGGAGGUGCACGGGGUGAAAGUCGCUUCUUUCAGCGUUGAUGGUCAGGAGCUCAUUUGUCUCCCGCAAGUCUUCGACCUGUUCUUGAAGCACCUUGUCGGCGGACUGCACACCGUGUACACGAAACUCAAGCGUUUGGAUAUAAACCCGGUGGUGUGCUCCGUGGAGCAGGUGCGCGUGUUGCGCGGACUCGGUGCCAUCCAGCCCGGAGUGAACCGCUGCAAACUCAUUUCCAGAAAGGAUUUUGAAGCGUUGUACAACGACUGUACCAAUGCAAGCUCUCGCCCAGGCCGCCCACCAAAGCGUUCCUAUGGGGCCAGUGCACAAGAAAGCCCCAGAAUCCUUCACCACAGAGCAAACAGCCUUCUGUCUCCAGCCCUGCUGUCACCCACAGGUUUAACAACAAUGGCUGAAGCUUUGAAGAUACAGAAGAUGAAGAUGAUGAUGACCCUACACAAGGCCCAUAAUGGCGUAGAAUUUGAUUCAGAUGAGCUCAACUCUAAUACAGAUACAGACAGAUGGCCUUGCAAUAGUAACCUGGGCCUUUUGGUUGAGAUGAGCCCCAUCACAGAGCUCGCUCAAGGGGCCCACGUUGCAGGGCUGUGCUUGGUUUACAGAGACUAA